CUCCCACUCUUUCUGAUAAAGCUGUUUAUUUAUGCUCAAUUUCUAUUCUUUUUUCCAAUAAUUAAUCAAUUUCAAUCUAAUUGUUCUUAAUUUCAAUCUGAUGAAUUGAAACAAUUUGAAUUAUUUCCUUGCGUAAGUAAUGAUUUCUUUGAAAAUGCGCACUAAACGACCAAAGUCAUUUUUCACUCUUCGAGUAACAGCUUAGUAUAAUUACCCAAUGAUUUCAUCGUGCUAGUAUCUCCAAGUUCGAAGAAAUGGAGAAUAAUAGUUUCGGAAUACAGAAAUUACGAAUAGUCAAUAAUGAGGGCAAUACUCAAGAAACUGAGAUCUAUGCAGAACCGAUGUGGAAACCUGAUUUGUUCAAGCUCCAGCAAGAAGCUCCAAAAUGUCGAGCGAUUCGUUGUUCUAAAAAGGUGGAUGGAGCUCCCAAUUUCUUCGGCAGUGAAUACCAUGGACCUAUAAGUCAUAAACAAGCUGCUAAAUUAUUAAUAAACGAUGGAGAAUAUCUUAUUAGACUGAGUCCGAAUUCAGAUAACUUUCAUACGCUUUCAUUGAGGUUAUGUGGUAUAAUAGAUCAUUUCAAGUUAUACUACGAUGGUCGUCAACAUUACGUUCAUGAAAAGAAACGGUUCGCUAAGGUUGAAGAUUUAGUUAUGGACGGCAUCAUCACAUUGUACUUAGAGAGGAAGGCUGGCUCUUAUAUAAAAUUAAUGCACGAUAUUCCAUCCUAUGAGAAAAGUCCUUACGUUACGUUGAACCGAAUUAAAAGAAAAACUUUCGAUAAACAUAAACAAGUCGAAAGCCUUCCAGACGUCGUAGUCAAUUACGAUAAACAACAUGCUUUCAAACCUCACACCUUCAAAGGUUUCUACUGGUGUGAAUUUUGUGGAAAUUUCCUUUGGGGAUUUAUAGCUCAAGGAGUGAAAUGCGAGGAUUGCGGAUUCAGCGCUCAUUACAGAUGUUCGGAAAAAUUACCAGCGGAUUGUUGCCCUGAUUUGAAACAAUUACGUGGUGUAUUCGGUAUCGAUUUGACAACUUUAGUCAAAGCUCAUAAAAUUACUAGACCGUUCGUCAUCGAUAAAUGUAUCAAAGAAAUUGAAGCUCGUGGAUUGGAUGCCGAAGGUUUAUAUCGUGUUUCUGGUUAUCAAGAAGAAAUGGAUAAUUUAAGAAUGGCUUUUGAAAAAGAUGGCGAAAAAGCAGUUAUAAAUUGUGAAAAUUACGACAACAUCAACGUCAUCGCGAGUAUUUUGAAAUUAUACUUCAGGCUGCUCCCGAUUCCUUUAAUCACUUACGACGCUCACCCUCUCCUUUUGAAAUCCAUACAAGCGUCCUCGCUCAAAGAACAAAUCAACAAAGUGAAACAAGCUUUAGACGUCUUGCCGCCAGCUCAUUACAAUACCUUGAAGUAUUUAAUGGAACAUUUAUACAGGGUUACUCAACGCAGCGGCGAGAAUAAAAUGACGGCGCAAAAUUUAGGUACUGUUUUCGCUCCUUCUAUCAUGCCUCCGCCAGAUUUUAGCAAAAUAGGCGAUAAUAUUCCCGAUAUGUGUAACGAAAUAUCAGCUUUACAACUUCUCAUUACUCAUAAUAAGAUGAUAUUUAAUUGAACUAAUGGUUAAGGUUCAGUACUUGAAAAACGCAAGGCGUGACCAAUUAAAGUUCGCUGAAGCAAUUAAAUUUUUCUUCGAAAAAAUAGCACCCAGGGAACUAACUACUAUACAAGUGCAAUAUCUCAUAUUUCUGCAUGAUUUUGAAUUAACUGUGAUACUGUUUAAUAAUAUGUAAUAUCGAAUAAUCAAACUAUUUUCUAUAAUAGUGCUCACUGCCUAAUUUCGAUCAUUUCAAAGGUAUGAAAAGUUAAUGCCUCGUUAAAAACGAUUUUGAUAAUAUUCAUCCCUAGUCAAAAACAUCAACCAAGGGGGGUUUUCAUUUUUUAAAUGUAUAGUGUACUUCGACAUUCCUAUCUUUUUUUAUCUCAUUUUGUGAUUGAAAAAAUUGUGUGUGAAGGGCUUGUCAAUUUAACGUGUGAUAAUUUGAAUUUUUAUGUUCGUGUUUUUGUAAUUUUUAUAUGAUUUUUUGUAGAAUUUUUUCACUCAUUUUUUAUAUCAUUAUUUUUCACCAUUAUUUUUUUAUUUUAUUCGAAAGAUUAUGAAACACUUUGCUGGGUUUCUUUUUCACUUUUUUAGCCAAAUCAUAAGUUGAAAAUAUCGAAUACUCGGGUAUGAUUUGGCCAUAUUGGCAACUCGUGAUUCAGCAAAGCGUAGAAUAUUCUGUUUGACAUUUCCAUAUCAAGCAUUCCAAUUUCCAAGUUUAUUACUCUUGUAAAACUUUAAAAUAUAUUUCAUGAAAUGUA